ACGUAUACACAUAUUAUAUAGAUCAUGUGUAUGUGGCCGGGAACGGGUAGAGAUCCGGGUGGUUGGUUAAAGCCGAAUUGCAUUGGCUACGUGUAAUUUAGGGGAAAAUGGCUGAUAGGAAAAAUAAUAAUGUCUCGAACUCUAGUGCAAAUCUACUGUUUAGUGCGGCACCGGAGUUCAACUUCAGUCUGCCAUUCAUCCCGGUCAGUCAGGCCACAGGUCCAGCGGUGCUGUCAGGCGAUGAUUCAACAGACGUAGGAGAAGAAGACAGUUUCCUGGGCCAGUCCUCUGCGUCUGCUCCGGCCCCCUCCACCUUCAACUACUUCUCCAGCUCCGCGGCCAACAGCGACCCGUUCGCGUCCAUCGGCCACCACCAGCAAUGCCCUCCGCCUGCGCUGUCCUCCGCCCCCCCUCCGGUGCCAACGGGUCCCACCUCUCUCCCCUGCUCGCUGACCCCGACCCCGCCACCGCCCGGGCCUCAAACCAACCCCAACCUGGGCUUCCCCGGGGCCAACGUCUACCAGAGCCCCAUGGGACGACAAACUCCUCCUCUCGCCGCCGCCACCCCGCCCCCUUCGCAGAGCACCCCUCUGAGCCACAACCCGUACCGCCACACCCCGCUGAGCAGCCGAGCCAAUCCGUACAUGCCGUCGCCGGAGGUCCUGCCGCCGCCCACGACCGUGCCACCCCAGCAGCAGCAUCAGCAGCAGAACCAGUACUCUCUGGGCGCCCCGCCACAGGGGUACGGCAUGCCCCCGCCGGCCUUCACAAAGCCCCCUCCCGGCCAGAUGCAGAGCCCGCUGCCCCCUCCCACCAUGGCCGGAGCCUUGGUCCCAGCCAACGCCAUGAUGCAGUACAACGUCUAUGAGGCCGUGCAGCCUCACUGGUUCUUCUGCAAACAGGUGGAGUCCAAGAGUGUCUGGCUUCCCUUCAGCAUCAUCGACUCCAUCCAGCUGGAGGAGACGUACAACUCGGUGCAACCCGACCCGGAGAGCGUGGUCGUACGCACGGACGGCGGGCGCUACGACGUGCAGCUGUACGACCGCCUGCGCACGCCCGUGUUCUGGGAGGAGGACGAGACGGAGGUGCGGCGCUGCACCUGGUUCUACAAGGGCGACAGCGACAGCCGCUUCGUGCCCUACUCGGAGGAGUUCAGCGACAAGCUGGAGGCGGAGUAUAAGAAGGCGGUAUCCACCAACCAGUGGCACCGUAGGCUCGAGUUCCCGUCGGGUGAGACUAUCGUCAUGCACAACCCAAAGGUGAUAGUUCAGUUCCAGCCCUCGGCGAUGCCUGACGAGUGGGGCACUACACAGGAGGGCCAGACCAGACCCAGGGUGGUGAAGAGAGGCAUCGACGACGACCACGAUGAAGUGCCUGAUGGGGAGCUGGCCACGGUGGACCACCUGGUGUUCAUGGUGCACGGCAUCGGGCCGGUGUGUGACCUUCGCUUCCGGAGCAUGGUGGAGUGUGUGGACGACUUCCGCAGCGUGUCUCUGAAGCUGCUGCAGAGCCACUUCAAGACGGCGCAGGACGAGCACGCCAUCAGCCGGGUGGAGUUCCUCCCGGUGCAGUGGCACACGGCGCUCCACGGGGACGCCACGGGCGUGGACAGGAGAAUCAAGAAGAUCACGUUGCCCAGCACGGGUCGCCUCCGUCACUUCACCAACGAGACGCUGCUGGACGUGCUGUUCUACAACAGCCCCACCUACUGCCAGACCAUCAUGGACACGGUGGCCCUGGAGAUCAACCGGCUCCACACGCUGUUCAGGGCCCGGAACCCCGACUACGCUGGCAAGGUGUCGGUCUCCGGCCACAGCCUGGGAUCCCUGAUUCUGUUCGACCUGCUGUCCAAUCAGAAGAACGCCGCCCUCUCCCAGACCGCCCCCCCCGUGCCGUCCUCUAACGGCGGCCCCCCGGACGGGAGACAGGCUGUUUCCCCCGUUGCCGUGGGAAACAGUCCGGCCCCUCCCCCGGUGGCGGUGGAGGAGAAGCCCAGAGAGGAGGCGGAGGUUCUGGAGGGGCUGGCUGACGCGCUGGAGCACCUGGGCCUGUCGGACUUCAAGACCACCUUCGACGAUGAGCAGAUCGACCUCGAGUCCUUCCUCAUGUGCACGGUGGAGGACCUGAAGGAGAUGGGGAUACCCCUGGGGCCGCGAAAGAAGAUCGCCAAGUUCGUCAAGGAACGAGUGAAUAAGCUGGCGGCCGAGGCGCAGAGGGCCCAGGAGGUGAGCCAGGAGGUGGUGCCCGCCCCCGCCCCCGCUGUCGCCCCGCUGGCCGACACCGUCGCCAUGACGCUCCCGGUGGGCAAGACCAGCUCCUCCGUCCACGUGGAUUACAACUACUUUGAAGUCGGCACCGGACAGGUGUCAGUGAUCUACCACGCUCUGGACUUUGAGCCCGUUAACUUCUUCGCCCUGGGCUCUCCCAUCGGGAUGUUCCUGACGGUGCGCGGCCUGGAGAGGAUCGAGGAGAGCUACCAGCUGCCCACCUGCGAGGGCUUCUUCAACAUCUACCACCCGCUGGACCCGGUGGCGUACCGAAUCGAGCCCAUGAUCCUGCCUGACCUGGACCUGAAGCCCGUCCUCAUCCCCCACCACAAGGGCCGCAAGAGGCUGCACCUCGAGCUGAAGGAGUCCCUGACCCGGAUGGGCUCGGACCUGAAGCAGGGGCUGAUGAGCUCGCUGAAGAACGCCUGGCAGACGCUCAACGACUUCGCCCGCGCCCACACCUCCUCGGCCCAGCUGCAGGCCGAGCUGGCCAUGGUGGCCAGCCGCAUCAAGGAGGAGGAGGAGAAGCAGCAGGUCCAGGAGGCUGGGAGGGGCUCAAUCUCCCGCGCUGUGACCUUAACAGACGGUGGUCCCCCUUCAGUCGCAGAGGACAAGAUGGCGGAGGCGGUGGAGCCGCUGAGGGAGGAGGAGCCCCAGGUGAAGAUGGGGAGGCUGAACGGCGGCAACCGCAUCGACUAUGUCCUGCAGGAGAAGCCCAUCGAGAGCUUCAACGAGUACCUCUUCGCCCUCCAGAGCCACCUGUGUUACUGGGAGUCCGAAGACACAGCCUUGAUGCUUCUCAAAGAGAUCUACAAGUCCAUGGGCAUUCACCCCGAGCACAUCCUUCAUUAACGCAGUCUAUUUUUAAAAGCCCUUCACUGUCUUUUACGUUUACUAUUCCAUGUUUAUUCUGCUGGACUUCUUUCUGAUUAUUUUUUUAUUAUUAUUUUUAGUUGAAUGUAUAGGGAUGAGUACGAAUGUUGUAUGAUGCAUAUUAUCUUAAAUUAAGAACAGAUAAAGUUAAGGGAUUCCAGUGACUAGUUCAACUAAAUUAUAGAACUGGUCGAGUUGGCGCUAUGUUUACUGAAACUAUACUGUACAUUAUACAAUUCAUUAUACAAAGAUUUUAACAUAAGUGACUUGACAAGGCAGCAGUGAAGAGCUUCCUGUUUUAUUCAAUGGCCAACAUGUCGAAUAAAUCAUUUCAGAAUUCAACAAGCUGUUUCCUCAUUAAAAAGAUGAACAGGAAGUGAAGUCUAUAUACAGAGUAAGCAGAGAUGGCUGGUCAGACUUAACAAAAGCAGACAUGUUUGCUAUAACUGAUUAAUAAAAACUAACUACUACAGAA